UCUUCUCUCCCUCUUCUUACUCGAAAGUUUCUCGCUGGUCGGAGGAGGGGAAGCAUGUGUCGUCAAGUUCCAAAGAGAAUCGUCGCGCUCUCGUCGCGGAAACCACCUGAUGAUGAUGAAGUUAAGGGCUACGCAUGGAGGAAUUUCUUAAUUGCAACAAUAGCAUGUAUCUGCUAUUUGAAUAGUCUGUCCUGCGGUUUGGUUUUUGAUGAUCAGCCAGCAAUACGUGACAAUAUGGACGUCCGGCCAAGCACACCGCUGUUUAAACUUCUGUAUAACGACUUUUGGGGUACUCCUUUACAAAGAGAGGACAGUCACAAAUCCUACCGCCCCUUGUGCGUGAUGACAUUUCGUAUCAAUUACUGGCUGCAUGAGCUGAACCCCUGGGGAUACCACCUAGCGAACACAGUUCUUCAUGUAGUGGUCUGCCUUCUCUACCACAGGUUUUGCUUGGAUUUUCUGCCAAAAACUUCAAGUUUAGUAGCGGCUUUGCUCUUCGCUGUUCAUCCCAUUCAUACGGAAGCAGUAACUGGAAUAGUCGGGAGAGCGGAACUACUUUCAUCUAUAUUUUUUCUGAUGGCUUUGCGGAUUUAUAUCCGAUGUGUGCAUCGUGGAGGCGCUAAAGAUUACAAAUCAUUAAUACAGUGUCUUGGUUUUAUUGCUUGCGCAAUGUUAAGCAAAGAACAGGGCAUCACGGUCGUCGCCAUUUGUGUCACCUAUGAAGUUCUUCUAGUUCAACAGCGCACCCCUCCACCCCACCUGACGGAACGAUCUCCUCGUGGAAGAAUCAAGGGUCCCACCCCCACCUGGAGAAAAGAUUUAGUCCUGCGACUCCUGGUGAUGACAUUAGGAACUGCUCUUCUGCUCGCAGCCAGAAUGAAAUGGAUGGGUUCCAGGCUCCCUGUCUUUAAUAAAUUUGACAAUCCAGCGGCUGCAACAAAUUGGCCGACGAAGCACUUAACGCACAAUUACCUCGUAGCACUAAACGCCUGGCUUUUGCUUUUUCCAUCAGACCUAUGUUGUGAUUGGACGAUGGGAACAGUGCCUCUUGUGACGUCAGUACGAGAUCACAGAGUUAUAGCCACGAUUAUUUUUUACGCUGCAAUAGUUGUAGUGAUUUGGAAAAGCUAUUAUUCUAACUUCCAAAGUUUCAAAAAAAUGAUUCUAGGUUUGUCGUUGUGUGCUUUUCCCUUUCUACCUGCGUCAAACCUCUUCUACUACGUGGGAUUCGUAAUUGCGGAGAGAGUGCUUUACAUUCCAAGCAUGGGAUUCUGCUUCAUAGUAGCCCAGGGAUGGCACAACCUCUGUCUCAUGCACAAAAAGAAGAAGGUGUUUUUAUACUGCUGUCUUGUGAUACUUUUGUGCCUUAAUGCUGUAAAAACUAUUAGGAGGAAUUUUGAUUGGCAGUCUGAAGAAACGCUGUUUCGAGCUGGACUUCAGAUGACUACUGCUAACGCCAAACUUUAUAACAAUUUAGGCCAUGUGAUGGAGUCUCGAAGUCACCACACAGAUGCGCUGCAGUUAUUUUUACAAGCAGCAGCGGUGCAGCCGGACGACUUGGGAUCCCAUUUAAAUGUAGGUCGUAUGUACAAUGUCCUGGGAAUGAGUGAAGAUGCGGAAAAAGCAUUUCGCAUAGCAAAAAACCUCUUGCCAAAAGUUCGUCCAGGUCAAAGUUAUCAAGCUCAUAUUGCUCCAAGACACAUGGACCUUUUCUUAAAUCUCGGUAGUCUACUUUCAAAGAACCGUUCACGACUUGAAGAAGCCCAAGAACUAUAUAAAGAAGCUAUUAGUAUGAAGAAAGAUUACGUCGAUGCAUAUAUGCAGAGAGCUGAAGUUUUGUUGAAACUAAACAGGUCAGAAGAGGCUCAUAAUAUGUACAAAGAGGCCUUAAAACAUGACCGCAUGAAUCCUGAUAUAUUUUACAACAUGGGUGUGUUGCUGUUGGAACAAGGCAAAGCCGUUCAAGCUUUGGCCCGAUUUGAUCAAGCUCUACAACUAGAUCCCGAGCAUGAGAAAUCUUUGUUAAAUUAUGCUAUUUUGACUCAAGACACUGGAGAUUCAAGUUUAAGAAGAGUAGCCUAUGAAAGGUUGCAGGUGCUGCUAGACAAAGGGCGUCAACCCGAAAGGACCUACUUCAACAUGGGCAUGCUGGCUAUGCAGGACGGAGAUGUGAUGACGGCCGAAACUUAUUUCCGAAAAGCCCUGCAGCUGCGCUCAGAUUUCGACGCCGCCCUCUUUAACCUUGGACUGAUUUUGUACCAAGGGGGACGUCCCUUGGAGGCGGUGCCUUACCUCCGGAGACUGGGUAGCUUCCAUUUGAAGGGUCUUGUUCUUCUGGGUGAUAUCUACUUCAAUCAUCUCAGAAAUUUUACAGCUGCGCAGCAGUGCUAUGAAUCAAUUUUGAAGCAGGAUCCAAAUCACGUACCAGCAUUGCACAAUUUAUGCGUGACUUAUUUUCAGCUGGACCAAUUAGUGGAUGCAAAAUCAUGCUUGGAAAAGGCCGUUGAGCUGGCUCCGGCUGAAACACACAUCCAGCAGCAUUUGCACUUGGUCCAAGAGCGCCUGAAACAAUCAGAUGUGAAAGCCUUACAAAGGACACCUAAAUCUGAUUUUUGUUCCAACUCCAGUGCUGAUUGUGGUUUGCGUUUUCAUGGUAAAUUGUCAAAGAACCAAAGAAGUUUCAAUCGCAGUAAUGAAGUUUUAAAGGAUAAUAACUUGAAAUCUAAGACUGUCUAAAAUAGAAAAUUUCUGCCUAACGACUGUGUGUUGCCGAAUGGAUCAGAGAAAUACCACGAUGAGUUCUACGUCAGAAAAAAAAAUCCUACUUCGAGAUGUUCUUGAAGGUUAAUAGGCAUGGGCUUCAUUUCCAGUAAGUUGUGUACUCUAAACAGAACUGCAGAAUUGGAUGGAAAAUGACUUCUACUUCGAAUCCUGAAAUUUGAAAAAUUUCGAACCCAAAAUCAAUCCGACUCCGAUGCAUCCUCCAUAGCCAUGGCAGAGCUACAGGCAUGGAGGGGAAAAGUAGCAUUUCGCUUCCUUCCUUCACCCAAAAAUCGUUCCGACUUCAACUCUAUGAGACCAACUCCUUUUCUCACUCCGCAGCCCUGACUAUAAAAAAGAAGCAUAAAUGAUAGUAUACUUGAUACGAUGAAAGUACCAUAAGAACGUUCUGUGUGUUUUCUAUGGAAAGUGUAUGUGAUGUGUAAAUAAAGCAAUAAAUAAAUUUAUGUUAUCGACAGAAAUUGAGUGCUGAUUAGAGCUUUCAAGUUGAUUGAAAAAUGUUAUUUGCUGUGAUUAUAAUAGACAAUAACAUAAGCUACAAUUCAACGAUGUGCAAGCAAAGUACGAACACAUUGAAACCUAAUUAAUUGAUUUUUUUGAUGCAACAGUAUUCUACACUACAAGCCAAAACGAUGCUUCGACCAAGUUCUUCAUCGAAAAAAAUCAUCAUCGCGAGUAAACGAAACAACCUACUAUGACUCAGGGGGAAUGCAAAGGAGAUCAACCUGCAGGUAUAUUCCCUUUUAAAGAUUUUCCAUAAUGAUUUCUUAUUGACUUUUGGUCUCCAAUUCUUCUGCUUGAAUGGAAAAGCCACCAAGUCAUGUGGUCCAAAUUGUGAUCUGAAAUGUUUUCCUAUUUAAAAUAACAUUUUACAUAAAACUAGUUCAAUACCAUUUUAAAGAAAAUCCUAGCUACAGUAGUUGUUGGAACUAAACGUGAUAUAAGUUGCAUCAAAUUAUGAAAACAUAUAUAUCAGCCGAACAAUAAUGUCAACCACCAACACUAAGAAGUAUCUCGCAACAAGUUCUACUUAACUUUUCGAGAAUAUAUAUGGAAGAUCUGCAAUUUUAAGAAACAGCGAGACUUAAUGCUAAACUUUCUGGAACUCAGAAGCUAUAUCAAUUGAAGUAAAUUUCAUAAAAUUAAGGGAUUUAAAAAGAAAAAAAUGUUACUCUCAUUAUAAUAAUUUAUUCAGCAUCUCUCAACGUUUUUCAAUUUUUUAGCUCAAAAAGCUGGUGGUGAAAGGGAUUGACUCACGUGCGAGUUUAUAUGUAAGCCUUGUUCUGUUACUGUAUUUCCUGAAAUGAUAUUAGCUUUUCAUUGUCCAAAAAUGUUAUUUCUUGACAUAAUGUCAUUUCUUGGAUCAAUGUCUACUAAGUUAAAUUGUCUUAUCAUAAUGCAAGACUCUAUUUAGGGCACAUGAAAGUUUGAAAUCAAAUCUCUGCUGAGAAUGAGAUGUGUAUACAUUAAUGGGCAUUUACUUAAUUAUUAAACGCGAAAAACUUGGAAGAGUGAAAGGUGAUAUUUUUAAAUAUGAAUGUAAACUUAGAUACCCAUAAAGACUUUUGAUAAAUUUUGCCGACAUUUGUAAUUAAUGAAUUUUAAAAGUG